AUGGUGAGCCGCUCUGCGCAGCUGCCCAACGUCCACCUCCGCAAGGAGUGGCAGCGCUUCGUCCGCACCUGGUUUGACCAGCCGGCGCGGAAGCAGCGCCGCAGACUGCAGCGCCAAAAAAAAGCUGCCAAACUCGGAGUCCGACCGUUGGGCCUGCUGCGGCCAGCUGUCCGCUGCCCCACGCAGAAGUACAACAUCAAGCUGCGGGAAGGGCGCGGCUUCACCCUGGAGGAGCUGAAGGCCGUGGGCAUUUCCCCCCGAGUGGCCUUGUCCAUUGGUAUUUCUGUGGACCACCGCCGCCGCAACAGAUGCCAAGAGUCUCUCAACACAAAUGUCAACCGCCUCAAACUUUACCUCAGCAAACUCGUACUCUUCCAGCGCGGGUCUAAGGCGAAGAAGGGUUUGGCUGGCGUGCCUGCGGACACCCCGAAGUCGCAACUUCAAAACGUGAAACAGGCGAAAAUUGCGGAUUCGCUGCCGAUCGAGAGGCCCCGGAAGAAGAUCCGCGCCAGGGUGAUAACGGAGGAGGAGAGGAAGUUCCGCGCCUAUGCCACUCUCAGGAAGCAGCUCAGAGACGCGAAGAACGUUGGCAAGCACGCCAAGAAGCUCGCAGAGGAGGCCGAGGCAGCAAACAAAACCUCCACGAGCCCUGUGGGGCCCCGUCUGGGGGCCCCGGGGGGCCCCCCAGGGGGCGCCGGGGGCCCCGGGGGCCCCCUGAACCCCACAGUGACUGCACUGGCUGAGGCCUUGACAAGAAACCAGCAAGAAUUGGAGAAGUUGAAUGCAAGUCUGAGGGAGCGAAUUUCGCUUUCUAGGGGCCCCCAGGGGGGCCCCCAGGGGGGCCCCCGGGGACCCAGGAGGGGCCCCCCGGAAGAGGGGCCCCCCAGCAGAGGCCUUUCUCCGGGGGGCCCCCGCAGGCCCCUGGGGACCCCCUCUGUGCGCGCUAGGGUCAGCAGCAGGGGGGCCCCCCAAGGGCCUGGAGGGGGGCCCCCGCAGUCCCGGGGGCCCCUCAAGGGGCCCCCCGAGAGGCAAUCUCUGGGGGCCCCCCAGGGGGGCCCCCAAGAUGAAAUAACGGAAGAAGAGAAGAUUCGGUUUAUGCUGGCUCUUGAAGAAGUGGAGAGGCAAUUUGGGGAGAGGCUGGGGCAGUGCGUGUCAGUAAUGCCCCAAGAGCUGUCCAAAAAGGUGGCGGAGGCGGGGCCCCUCGAGGAGAAGCUGCAGCAGCUGCGCGCUGCUUUGCUGCAGCUAACAAGAGAAGCCAGGGAGACGGGGCUUUCUGCUGCUGACAGAGAGGGCCUCCGGGCGCUCAAGGCCCACAGAAAGCGAGAAGCAAAUCUGCAGGCCGCCCUCACAGAUGCCCGGGCCAAACUAACUGCCACAAAAGAACAAGUCUCCCGCCUCCGGCGGCUGCUGCUGCCGCUGCAGCACAGCAUUGGGGCUUAUGUUGCGCUGCAGCGGGGGGCCCACCCCCCAGGGGGGGCCCCCCAAGAGGGUACAGGGGGCCCCAGUGGGGCCCCCUAUGUCCCUUACCGUCCCGCAGUGCCCGCCAUAGAGGGCCUCGGGGGGCCCCCGGACUUAGAGGGGCCCCUCAGUGUGCAGCUCUUUGAGGGUUCAGAGAGGGGGGCCCCCCUGGUUUCCCUCUCCAGCCCGUGCACCCCAAGACCCUCCCCGUGUUUCGGGAAGAAGUCGGCUGCGAAGCCUCCGGAAAAGAAGGAUGAGGCCCCCGAGAAGCCGGAGAGUCCCGUUAAAUCUCCCGCAGAAGACGCAGGAAAAGAGGCGGAGCAGCCAGCAGAAGCCGAAGCCCCACAAGACCCAGAGGAAGAGGGGGCCCCGGGGGCCCCCCAGGACGUGGAGGAGGAGGCCCCCGCAGACCUGGAGGAAGAGGCCCCUCAGGACCUGGAGACGCUUCGGCGGGAAGUGUCGGAGCUGAAGAGGGAAAGAGAAGAACUGCAGCAAAAAGUUGAAGAGGCCGAACGCAAAGCAGCAGAACUUGAAGACCAGCUGCGCCGCCUGCCCAGCCAAACCCGGCAGCAGCUCCAGCAGACGCCCUCGGGCCUGACCGAGCGCCCUUCGGAGCUGCAGCAGGCCUCUGGCUCGCCCCGGGCCCUCAGCAGCAGCGAGGGGCCCCCUGGGGGGGCCCCGCAGCAGGAGGACUCUGGGGAGACAGCCCGGCCUGCGUCGCUGUCGCAGUCAGGGCCCCCGGGGCCCCGGGCAUUCCGUGGGCAGCCCUCUGCUCGCUCGCGGGGGGGCCCCCCUAAGGAGGCUGAGGCCGCAGCCUCCAGGUCCCCCACAGCCGCCCGAUCCCCACAAGAUGCCACUUCGGAGAAAGAUGCCCUAUGGGGCCCCAGGGAUACCCCGCAGGAGACGCGGGAGGGCACCACUGAUGCUGCUGCUGCUUCCAAAGAAGACGGAGAAGCCACAGAGGAGCCCCCCGAGCCCAGAGCCGUUCGCUCGCUGCUCUCCGACGAAGACAGAAAUGCAGAACGGCAGCCACGCGAGCCUCCAGAAAAGGCGGACACGAAAUCCCUCACUGGGGUAGUGGCCAUCUCGAAGCCGCCUUCGAAAGAAAGUUCUUUCCAAAGACUCCGAAAACGGCUGAGCCGCACCUUGUCACCCAAGGAGGAGCGCGCAGCUCCCAAAUUGUCCAGUGGACUUGGAAGGACUCUGAGGUCCCAGAACUCCUGCGUGAAGUGCGAAGCCCUUGCGGAGGAAAGGGCGGCGCUGCGCGCAGAACUCAAGGCGGCCCAGGCCCGCUGCGAGCAACUCAAUUUGGAGAUCUUGCAAGUCACUGAAAAGAAGCGCCUGCUCAUAGAGAAGGUGGUAGACGACCACCUCAAGGCUGAGCGGGCUCGGCUGUUCUACCAGGGGCGGCGGAAAGGCCUGGAAAUGCGCGUUGCUGCAUUGGUGGACAAGGUCUUCGAAAUGGAGAAGGCUGCACCAACGCUAAGCUGGCCCACCCGCCGGGCCCGUGUCCCGGCGGAGUCCUUCGUCUUUCCUCGCGGCGCAGAGGAGGCAGCAGAAGAGCACACACGCCGCGACACGCAGUUGAUUCCGCCUUACGUCUUUGUCGAGCUUCCUGAAUCCCCGGAUGUGUCGGGAGAUGAACAACCCUCAAGGCGACGGACAGUCUUGGUGCCUCUGCACUUGUUCGACGAAGAAGCAAUGCAAAAGGCGGCGCAGCGCUCUGAGGCAGCUGCCACCAGGCGGCCCACAAUUGCACUGCCGCGGUACGUAUUUGACGAGGACGCCAUGUUGAAGUCCCAGAAAAGGGCAGACACAGACGGGAGGAGGCAGACUGUGGCUGUGCCUGCUUACUUGUUUGACGAAGCUGCUGCUGAGAAGGCAAGACAGAGGAAAGUUGCUGCUGCAUCCCCUCGGCGCCCCACAACUGUUCUGCCCGCCCACGUAUUUGAUGAAGAGGCUCUCCGCAAGGCCCAGGCCAGGGCGGAAAACACUGAAAGAAGACCUACCAUGCCGGUCCCCGCAUACCUGUUCAAAGAGCCCAAGGAGGAGAACCGCAGGCCCAGCACCUUCAAUCUGCCCGCAGACCUUUUUGCGGAGGGCCAACAGGAGCCCUCCGCACCCCACACUUCGCCACCGGCUCAAGAGACUAGCCGCCAGUCCUCUUUCUUUCCUUAUAGUUUGUUCAGCAGCCUCAGCAGGCAAAGCCGGGACCAGGAACAGAAGCAAGGAAGCGAUGCUUCCGGCCCAGCGUCGCAAGGACCCUCGGUUCACGACUCGCAACAUGAAUCGCGCAGAGUCUCACCUGUGGAAGUCCCCGAGUCGGAGUCCGAAGAAGCGGCUGAGUCCCCAGAACCUCCUCAAGGGACUCGUGUCCGUCCUCUGUCUCAGCCUUCUUCCCGGCAGAGCAGCAGCUCCUCGCAAAGUGGUUCGCCCUCGGACGCCACAGCCAAAGAACUAGAGCAAGCGGCUCCGACCAAACAAGAAAGAAAGGGUGCCGAUUCAGCAGCAUAA